CCGGGGCGGGGCCGCCGCUCCCGGCGCCGUCAGAGCGGGCGGGCGCCGGAGCCGCUGGGGGCGCGGGGCCGGCUGCUGCCGCGGGGCGGUGCCCGGCUAGCCGCGGCUGUGGAGACUUCAUUAAAAAAAGAACUGGAUACACAUGCUGAAUUUAAUUUGUGAAAGGUGGAGUAAGAGCCUGGGCACCUGACUCUGGCAUCAGUGCAGAGUGCCUGAAACUGGAUGGUGCUACAGCCUCAGCUUAGGAAGUAAUGCAACAACUUUUCCUAUGAAGAGGGAGUUCAGCAAUGGAAGAUUUUGAAGGAGAAAGGCCUAUAUGAGGGAACAAGAACCCCAAUUGGUAAGGUUCAGGGAAUGGUCCUUACAGCCUGGAGAGCCUUGAGACUCUAAAACUGAUUGCACUUCAAUCUGGAUCUAACUUAUAUUAUGAUAGACAAAAUCCGUCCCCACAUAAGGAAAAGAGCCCUCUCACGGUAAUGUUAGAGGAAUAGCAGCUGGAGACAACCUGCUGCACUCUGCUGCUCUGUGAGACAAACAUCAGUAAAGCCAAGCAGCCAGAAAAGAAGGGCUCUUCAUGAGAAAAUGACAGCAAGAGAACACAGCCCCCGCCAUGGUGCCAAGUCCCGCACUGUGCAGAGGGCCUCCACCAUUGAUGUCACCUCUGACAUGGUUGGCCUUUCCCUGACAGGAAACAUUCAGGAUCCAGAUGAGCCAAUUUUAGAGUUCAGUUUAGCUUGCAGUGAGCUGCUAACUCCAUCGCUAGAUCGAAAACCAAAUAGUUUUGUAGCAGUGAGUGUAACUACGCCUCCCCAGGCGUUCUGGACGAAGCAUGCACAGACAGAAAUUAUUGAGGGAACAAGUAAUCCCAUCUUUCUAAGCAGCAUUGCCUUUUUCCAAGACUCUCUUAUCAAUCAAAUGACACAAAUCAAACUCUCCGUGUAUGACGUCAAAGAUAGAUCUCAGGGAACAAUGUAUUUGUUGGGUUCUGGGACAUUCACUGUAAAGGAUCUUCUUCAGGAGAAGUACCACAGGUUGCACAUAACACUAAGGUCGGCUGAAAGUGACCGUGUUGGUAACAUCACAGUUAUUGGAUGGCAGAUGGAGGAAAAAUCUGACCAAAGGCCUCCAGUGACAAGGUCACCUGAUACAAUUAAUGGAAGGACUGUGUUGCCAGUUGAUGAAAGUUUAACAGAAUCCUUAGGAAUCAGAUCCAAAUAUGCUUCAUUGCGGAAGGAUGCACUGCUGAAAUCUGUGUUUGGUGGUGCCAUUUGCCGAAUGUAUCGUUUCCCAACCACCGAUGGAAACCACUUGAGAAUCUUGGAGCAGAUGGCAGAGAGCAUCCUGUCACUGCACAUCCCUAGACAAUUUGUGAAGCUGCUUCUAGAGGAAGAUGCAGCAAGGGUUUGUGAACUAGAAGAAUUGGGAGAACUGUCUCCUUGUUGGGAAAGCCUUCGUCGACAAAUAGUUACACAGUACCAAACUAUUAUUUUAACUUACCAGGAAAAUCUGACUGACCUGCACCAGUAUAAAGGUCCUUCAUUUAAAGCCAGUAGCUUGAAAGCUGAUAAAAAACUGGAGUUUGUUCCUACAAAUUUACAUAUACAGAGGAUGAGAGUCCAGGAUGAUGGAGGAUCAGAUCAGAACUACGACAUAGUCACCAUAGGAGCACCAGCAGCUCACUGUCAAGGCUUUAAAUCAGGUGGCUUGCGGAAAAAGCUGCAUAAAUUUGAAGAGGCAAAGAAACACAGUUAUGAGGAGUGUUGCACUUCAACAGGUUCCCAAUCUAUAAUAUACAUCCCACAGGACAUCGUUAGAGCAAAGGAAAUUAUUGCACAAAUCAACACCCUGAAAACACAAGUCAGUUACUAUGCAGAAAGGCUCUCAAGAGCUGCCAAGGAUAGAUCAGCUAAUGGCCUUGAAAGAACACUUGCCAUCCUAGCAGAUAAGACCCGGCAACUUGUCACAGUUUGUGACUGCAAGCUGUUGGCAAAUUCAAUACAUGGACUGAAUGCUGCAAGGCCAGACUAUAUAGCUUCAAAAGCAUCUCCAACCUCUGGAGAAGGGGAACAAGUGAUGCUAAGGAAUGAUCAAGAUACACUUGUGGCCAGAUGGACAGGAAGAAAUAGCCGAUCUUCUCUGCAGGUGGACUGGCACGAAGAGGAAUGGGAGAAAGUUUGGUUGAAUGUUGACAAGAGUCUGGAGUGCAUCAUCCAGCGGGUGGACAAACUGCUGCAGAAGGAGCGCCUGCAGAGUGACAGCUGCGAGGACGUUUUCCAGUGUGACGUCAGCAGUACUAGUAAGAAAGGUAAUCGGGACAGUCGUGCCUACUGGAUAAAUCCAGAAGAUUUAAAUGAGACCUCAGCAUCCUCACCACCUUCAUCAUCCUCACCACCAUCUUCAUCCACACCAUCCUGUGCAUGCCAUUCUCUCAAGACAAAUUGCAGCCCUACUCCGGAAGAAUCUGCCCCAGGUGAAUGGAGUGAAGCUCUUUACCCCUUGCUGACCACACUCACUGACUGUGUAGCCAUGAUGAGCGACAAGGCCAAGAAAGCCAUGGUGUUUUUAUUAAUGCAGGACAGUGCCCCGACAAUAGGGCUCUGCCUGAGCCUUCAGUAUCGCAGGGAUGUUGUCUUCUGCCAGACUCUGACAGCUCUCAUUUGUGGUUUCAUUAUCAAGCUGAGGAACUGCCUGCAUGAUGAUGGAUUUCUAAGACAACUCUACACCAUUGGCUUGCUGGCACAGUUUGAGAGCCUGCUGAGCACUUAUGGUGAGGAGCUGGCAAUGCUGGAGGACAUGAGUCUGGGAAUCAUGGACUUGAGGAAUGUAACCUUUAAAGUAACUCAGGCUACAUCAAAUACAUCUACUGACAUGCUGCCAGUCAUCACUGGAAAUCGUGAUGGAUUUAACGUGAGGAUCCCUCUGCCAAGCGCCUUGUUUGAUUUGUUGCCGCGUGAGAUUCAAAGUGGAAUGUUACUGAGGGUUCAGCCUGUUCUUUUCAACGUGGGAAUCAAUGAGCAGCAAACCCUAGCAGAGAAGUUUGGAGACACCUCACUGCAAGAAAUAAUUAACAUGGAAAGCUUAGUGAGGUUGAAUUCAUAUUUUGAGCAGUUCAAGGAAGUUUUGCCUGAUGAUUGUCUACCUCGAUCUCGUAGUCAGACGUGCCUGCCUGAACUGUUAAGAUUUCUGGGACAAAAUGUUCAUGCAAGGAAAAACAAGAAUGUUGAUAUCCUUUGGCAAGCUGCUGAGAUAUGCCGCAGACUGAACGGUGUUCGGUUCACGAGCUGUAAGAGUGCCAAGGAUAGGACUGCCAUGUCCAUCACCCUGGAGCAGUGUUUGAUCCUACAGCAUGAACAUGGAAUGGCUCCACAGGUCUUCACUCAGGCUCUGGAGUGUAUGAGGAGUGAGGGUUGUCGCCGAGAAAAUACAAUGAAGAAUGUUGGAUGUCGCAAGUAUGCAUUUAAUUCCCUGCAACUGAAGGCUUUCCCAAAGUAUUACAGGCCUCCAGAAGGAACUUAUGGAAAAGUUGAAACAUAAGCAUACCAUGUCCUUUAAUUGCUGUUCCAUUAAAACAUGUGGAUACACACUAGAUUAACACAUUAUUUUGUCAUCCAGAAGAGAUAAAUAACCUUUUUGUAUGUUUCGUUAGGUCAUACAGAGCAUGUUACUGAAUUGGAAUCUAUAGUAACAAUUAUUCUGACACCUUAGCUUGAGAAUAGUGUGAUGACUCUCUGCCCGUUUCAAUAGCCUUCAGUGUAUGUAAGAUGAGCAGAUACUGUGCUACUUAAUAAUUACCUAUAUGCAAAUAGCUAGGUACCUCCUGGAUGGGCAAGGACUCUAGGAACGGCAUUUAGGCAGCUGUUUCCGUAACAUCUUUUUAUACUGAGUUGAUGUCAGAUUGAGCUUUUCCUAAACUUUUUAAAACUGAGAGUAAAACUCAAAAGAUGUAAAUAAAAAGGAUCCUAGACAGUUUAGUAACUGUAGAACGCAUUGUUACAAUCAAUAAAAGGGGGUUUGAUUAAAAAAAAAUCAGCACAAUAAGACCCAGGAGAAAGAAUUGUUUUACUGUAUAUAGGAUGCCACCUUCAUGUGUGAAAUUAACAAUAUAUAAAAGGCCAGACAUGUGAGGUCUGGAUUUUAAUUCUGUUCAAAUAAAACAAAUUCGUGUCAUCUUUGGCAGAUAAGGCCUUGGGCACACAACUGAUUUUUAAAAGUAUUUCAGAAACAUCAUGAUGCUUAACUCUUAAUGCCAGCAACAGUUCCUCAUGCCCUUCCCCACUCUAAGGCAAGUGCAACAAGCAAGUUGCUGAUGUUGCACGUGACGUGUUCAGUAUAUUCCAUGGUGUUGUACAUUAAGUAACACAUUUUUACCCAUGGUUUUUUAUAUCACUUCUGGAUUGUAAGCCUCAGUGUCUCGGGGCGUUGCGUCAUUUUGGUCAGCGUACGAUUUUUCUGUAUUGGUUUUGUAUGUCAUUACCAAAAUGCUCAAAGUGCCCAAUGCAUCCCCUUUGCUCCAAAAUCAAAAUUGCUUUCUGUUUGCCUUUGCAUUUCACCUGUUGAGAGUCCUGGUGGGGGGAAGCGUGGCUGGUGUCAGGGUAUUUCUGAGGAAGGUAGCAAUGCCCUGUGUUGAUAGAGGGAAACUGCUCAGUGCUACUGCUCGUGCCUGAGAACCACAGGUGGGUUCUAGCUUAUGACAAAGGUGGUCAGUUGGAUAGCAUUUGAUAAAAAAUGUUCAACAGAUCUCCUCUGAAAUAAUCUCCCAAAGAAUGCCUUUGAAGCUAAGAUAGCAUUUUAAAAAGCAGCUAAAUGUUCAUUUCCAAAUUUAACAGGAUCCAGUAAUCUCUAGCUAGUUUCAUCCAGCACACUGUCCUUUCCUUCUUGGUUUCUAAGAAUCUGAGUUUUAGAAUAGAAAAAAUCUGUCCAUUUUUUCUUGUGGGAGUAGCAACAGCCAGGUAAGUAUUUGGCUGUUUUCUGAUUUCUUUCUCCCUCUCACUGAUGUUUGUCUGUGCUGUCACUGCUCUAUCAAUCAGCCAUGUUCAUUCUGCUCCCAUGUAGGUCUGGGGGUUACAGGUCCAGCAGUUUUUGCAUUUUGCUUUUUGCAGUUUAACACUGAGCAGCAUGUCACAAAGCCAGGACAGAUAGUUCUGCUGAACUAGGCUGUUACCAUUAUUUUAGACUCUUUAGGAUAACAAAACAUGGAAUUCUGUGCAAAAGCAAUGUAUUGUAGUACCUACCCCAGGUUUGAACAAAUCAUCUACAGUAGAACGAGCCUUCAGAAAUGUUGCAAACCUAUUUGCUAAUUAGUAAAUGUUGAUUUUGUUUUAUAUAUGAUGAAAAAGUUUUCAGUGAGAUCUCUUUAGACAUGCUACUCCAUUAGUUCUGCUCAGCCUUCAGUCCCUGGCCCAUUAUUAAAUGCUACUUUAUUUUUGUAUAAACUAUGCUCUUUAUAUCCCUUAGUUUUUAUGAGUUGAUAAUUUUAUUUUGUCUAUUUCAAACGUGAUUUAUUUUAAGUCCUGUAUUGUUACACUAAAAAUCUCCCAAUGUUCAGCUUCAGAAAGAAAUUAAAAAUGUCUCUUGUAACAAUUAGCAGUGCUACCCUCUUAGAUGGUGGCCAACAAUCAUUAGACCUGCUAUAGAGCUUAGCAAUCCUUUAUUUAUUUUGUAAAGCAAUGUAAUCUGAAAAAGUUGCUGAAUUUUGU